CAGCUGGGGAAAGGAAGGAACUCGGAAGAGCACUUUUCCCACCGCCAUCUCCCGCGGUGAAAGAAGUCGUGGUCGUGGCCUUUGCGUGUCGCCGACUGAUUUUCUUCCCCCACCCACUGCAAUGAUGUCAACAGACUGGUACGAAGGAAAGUGGGAGCCUAUAAAUAGGCCGACCGAGGAAGAAGAUGGACACAACCGAAUCAAUUCCUUCGAGAGAGAUCUCUCUCCUCAAUUCGCCAGAACACAACCGAAGCAAGAAAGAGUACUUAUUGCUUUCUUCCCUCGCCUCCUGGAGUUUUCUCGUUUGUCUUCGAAGGUAAGCAUCCAAUCCAACUUUCCCCUAAACCCUACUUUCCCUUUUUUUCCCCAAUUCCGAUCGUUUGCACGACUUAGUCUGGGGUUCUGCAUUCCAUUUGAUCGGAUCAGUUAGAAUGCGAUCGGAAUCCUUGUCAGUUGACCUUAAAUCGGGAAAGAGAGAACUUUCGUUUCAGUUCCGAUUCCCUCAAGGGAUGGAGCCGAAAUCUGAAGCUUCGGCUUCUGAAAUGGAGAUGAAAUUGAAGAUUAAGGACAAAGCUCCACAUGGUGAGAAGGCAAAGGAGGAUAAGGUUGAGUUGGAGCUUGAAUUGAAGACCAAGUCCCUCGAAAAGGAGGACAAGAAGAAGAAAAAGGAGAAGAAGAAAGUGGAUGAUGAUGAUAAACCAGAGAAAGAAGAGAAGAAGAAGAAAGAUGAGAAAGUGAAGGAGAAGAAGAAGGUUAAAGGAGAUGAGAAACAUGAGGAAGAGGGCGAGAAGAAGGUUGGAGAUGGAGAUGGUAAAGAGAAGAAGAAAGAUAAGAAAGAGAAGGAGAAGGAGAAGGAGAAAGAAGUGAAGGGUAAAGGAAAGGAGGUUGAAUCGGAAGACGAGGAGUAUAGAAAUGAAAAGGGGUCUGAAGAGAAAAAUAAAAAGAAGAAGGACAAAGAUGUAGCAGACAAAGGCAAACAGAAAGAAGAUAAGAAGAAGGGCAAGAAUCACGAGGGUGAGAAGGAUGAAAGUGAGGAGAAAGUAGAGAAGGGAGAUGAUAAGAAGAAGAACAAAAAACAUGAAGAUGAAAGGGAUGAAACUGACAAGAAAGAAGAGAAGGGAGAUAAGAAGAAGAAACCGAAAGAUGAAAUAGGCGAAGAUGGAAGCAAAAAGAAGAAAAAGGACAAGGAGAAUGAUGGUGUAAAGGAAAAAGAAGUGAAGGGAGAUGAUGAGAAAAAGGAGAAGGAACAGAAGGAUGAAAGCAAGAAGAAGAAGAAAGAGAAGAAGGACAAGGGAAACGAGGACGAAGUGGAUGGAGGUAAAGGGAAAGAAGAGAAGGGAGGUAAGAAGGAAAAGGAGAAGAAAGAGAAGGGUAAAACUGAUGAAGAUGAGAAUAGGAAGAAGAAAGAGAAGAAGGAGGACAAGGAAGAGAAAGCAAAGAAGGUCGAGGAAGAGGUUGACAAGGCAGAAGUGACAUCCAGCUCCAGGGGUAUUGAGACCAAAGGUGAUGUGAAAGAAUCAGAAGGCGAAGCAGAGGAUGACGUGAAGAAGAAUGAAGGCAAGGAUGGUAAAGAUAAGAUAGAGAAAGGGAAGAGUGAUAACAAAAAGAGGAAACUUGAUGAGAAGGGCAAGACCAAGGAUGUGGAGAAGCUGAAAAACAAGUUGGAGAAGAUCAAUGGGAAAAUACAAGUUCUCAUGGACCAGAAAGCUGACAUUUUGAGGCAGAUUGAAGAAGCUGAGAGUGGGACUGCGAAGGACACAGCUGUUAUAGAGAAUGUGGAGUAGUUGUAAGCUCUGUGUUUCUCCUGUCAUGUGACAUCUAUGUCUCCGUGGCAAAGAUGAUUAAGUUCUGAAACACCUAUAAUAAAUUCAGUAUCUUUCCUCGUUAAAAGAAAACAACACUAACUUUCCCGCAGUUAUCUGUUACAAUUUCAGUUCUUAUUUCCAAUACUCUGCCUCGAAAGUGGACAACGGAUACAAUCAUGUUUAAUUGACCUUCACUGGCUCAGUGGUGAGGCCAAACCCAAAUGGGAAAAGGGGGUCAUAAUUUUCGUCCCCAACAUUCAUAGGGAGCUGAUCAACUCUCUUGAACCAUGUUCUGGGAAGCUUUCCAGUGAAGCCAUAGUCACCAAACAGCACGUCGGUCACACCCUGACCUUCACUUCCAGGGAGCCAAGCUGCAAUUAGGGCAUCCAUCGAGUCCAUGUAGGGUUCAAUCACCACGGGACGGCCAGAGAUAAGAACUACAACACAUUUCAUAGUUCCACAAACAUUCUGAAUGAUGCUUGGGCCAGGAUUAGGUGCAUUUGGUGAACGAAAUAUCGAACCGGAAGUGCGAUCAUUGCCACUGAAUCCUUGCCAUUCAAUUGACCAUCCACCACACUGGUAUCCAAGAUUAUCAGCAUGGGAACCUGCAACAAGUAUCUUCGGAGCCUUGGUAGAGAGUGGCAGCAUCGGCUGGUUACUAUCUUUCCCGUUCUUCAACAGCACAAGUGAUUUCCUUACUGCUUCUCUCGCCAAUUCUCUAUGUUC